CUCCUGUUGCGGGGCCGCCACUGCAAGUGCAACUAGAACCAGCCGUCAGCUGGUGUGUAGAUUGUGCGGUUGCCUUAACGCAUGGGCCACCAGUUUUAUACAGGAGGAUAGAUAGGGGGCUGUAUACGAGUUAUUGACAAUUGCUGCCGCGGAAGCCGCAGGCACUAUGUGUAUUGGCCAAUGUCUCUUAGUGAGAAAAUUUGUCACGAAUUUCAAGAGCCCUCCGAGAAAAAACUAGGUGACAGCGAACAAAAUUUUGUGUACGUUUGUUGCCGAUCGGUGUGAGCGAAGUGGCAAAUAAUGCUGAACGAUUGUUUUUCAAUAAUAUGUGUCACAAUUAUGCGCGUGUAAAUGUUUAAUAACGACUUUAUCUUCGGCUUUGAGUGUAAUUCACUAUUCACCCUAUUGUAGCGAUAACUGUCAUUCUAGUUCCAGCGAACAGGGGUGAGUGUGCGUGUGUGUGUGUGAGUGUGUGUGAGUCCGAGGGGCACCUGAUUUGACUUCCGCCGAUGUCGGAUACGGCUACGGAUGAGGGUUCCACCCCAACGGUGGUGAAAGUCAGCCCCCGGCUUAUCCCUGGAAUACUUAAUCCUGGCAAUAAGGAUGCUCUCGAUUGGGGGCCGCAGGGUCUGGUCGCAUAUGGAAGCCAAAGUAACAUUGUCGUUUUAGAUUCCCGUAGUGUGACCACCGUCCAAUGUCUUCAGGGAGGAGGCAGGCAUGAUGUCACCCGAAUCCGAUGGUCCCGUCAUCUGCACUACCAUGACAAAGCGCGACCAUAUACAUUAAGAUUGGCCGCGGCAGAUAGUGCCGGUGUAGUAACUGUUUGGAACGUGGCUACGGGAACGAUCAAAGCCGAACUUGCUCAACCUGGCCAUAAGACAGUCAUUGAUAUGCAUUGGAUGGCAUAUAAUGACGCAUCCUACCCAUUGCUGCUGGUCCUUUACGAACACUCAUACCUUGUUCUGUGGGACACUGAACGUGAACUUCUGGUUUGGAAGAAAGAUUUCCUUCGAGAAGCAGGUGGAGAAAAGUUCACAGCAUUUUCCGUCGACCCCUUUUCGGAAGCUUCCAUUGCCUUGGUAACGUUGGAGCACUUAUGGUUGGUGGACGAUCUCAAUCCGGCCAGGGCACCUCAAGCUCCCUUACGAAGGCUUGAUGUGAACCUUCCGCAUGCACCAGGAGGUGGGACGAACAGUCAGGCUCAGACACCUACUGAAAACCCCAGGAGAAGCAGAUUGCUCAGUGGUGUUCAGGCAAUGUUUCAGGGAGCGAAUUCAUCACAAGCUAAUGCUGGCACAACGGUCUCAGGGUCCCACAGUCACCAUGGAAGUGGAGCUAGUGGCAGUGGGGCUGGCGGUGAUCAGCCUUCAAGCGAAAUGGACCUUAUGCCGGGAGGGUAUGGCAACCUCACCGAUUGUCAAGCCGUAUUGCACGAUCCCGCCCAUAGGUACCAACUAGUGCUCGUUUUUCCAAGGCAUGUCGUCGUUGUAGACUUUGUUAUACAGCAGGUUAUAGGAACGGCGGUUGUUGAACGGAGUUUGGCGGGCCUAUUCGCUGUUCGCAUUUGUCGACUCACGGGUCGUUUGGUGUGCCUUCAUGAUUCGGGUGUGAUAACUGUGCGACAGCGAAAACCGUUUACACUUCCACAGGGGGUCGACGAUUCUAAAUCACAACUAGGCAGCUCUGGUGGCUCUGAUGGAUCUCGGUUAUGUGGCGAAUCAGAUAGCAGCGGUACUAUUUCUCUUCUUACCCCAUCGUGGCUUCAUCAGUCUGCUCGAGCAGCGCAAUUUGAUGUCCACUACGAUACGUUAACUACAUCAGAUCCGUAUCGAAUGGUUACAAGAAAUUCGCGCAUUGUUGCUUUUGCGCUCUGCCCAACUCAGCAGACCGAUUCUAAUGACGAUAGAAAAAUCUUGUGGGGCGAAAGCCUUCGAGCGGCAAUAGUACUACAGGACGGUAGGACACUUUUCUACAAGAUGCUGCCGCCUGCCAAGGAUUCCAAAUUAGGUAAACGACGGUUGGUGCUCACGGCCGCCUUGGAGACGCUUUCAACGUUGCCACAUUGUAUGAAGAUGUGCCCACCUGUCACAUUUAAAAACUGGAAGACUUACCGUCCGCUUCUGGCUUGCGCUGUCGGUACGGGGAACGUACAGGUCUUAAACGUUGCAACUGGAGCCGUCGAACGUAAUAUCUGCGUUCACACAACAGCUGUUAGGGGUAUUGAGUGGACCGGGCUCACCAGUUUUCUAUCAUUUGCUAACGCGACGCUACAGGUGCAGUCAACGCAAAACAGCAACAUAAAGAAUGAACUAAAUUUGACUGAAGUUACCUCAGGGCGAGUUCGACAGAUUCGAUCAGAUCGAGCGGACGAGAAACCGAUAGAGCUUGUGGCGGUCUCCAAAUACGGGCAAUACUUCAUUGUAGCCUUCAAGGAUCAACCGUUUGAACUUUGGGAUCUACGCAAUCUCAGCCUCCUCUCGACAGUGUCGCAAAACUUUCGCAGCAUCUCAUGCCUUGAAUGGAGCCCUCGGUCAGCCUUACGGCGUAAACAUUCCGAAAUGGGCGAAGAGGCUGGCAUAGCUUCGCCGCCUAAACAGACCGAGCCCAUCUUCCUGAAGCCUCCAGCUAAUGAUCAACAAGACACACAAGCAGUUGAAAAUGGAAAAAAAACUAGCAAGGGACAACAUCAGCAAUUUGUAAAGGAGCACUUUCUCGCGAUCGAUGCCCAGAGCAAGGUCUGCUUCUUCACUGUGGAAGGAUCUGUGUUAAAAAGCAAUAUGCGCAUACUUGUGCCUGUUUCUUCUGGUUCAAUAACAUGCACGGCGUGGAAGGCUGACAAAUUAGUGCUAGGCGAUUCAGAUGGUAACCUGUCGCUCUGGGACAUAACAACUAAAAAAAGUGAGACCACACCGUCGCAGCGCGGUGCCGUCCGCAAGGUGGUUUUCGCUCCUGGUAGGGGAAACAUGAAGAUCAUUGUUUUGUUCCAAGACGCAGUAGAGCUAUGGGAAGCAACAGCGGAUCAUACGAUGAAUCGUCUAACAUCAUUGAAAACUGGCCGAGGCGAAGUCUCACAUGUAGAUUGGGCCGGCUCUAUGCGACCUCUUCUUGCCUGGGCCAAUGGCACAAUCACCAUUAUGGACAUGGAGCUCAAACCGCAUCCAGCAAGCUCGAUUGCCGAUUACUUCUUCGAAGAGAUGCCAUUCUUGCCAGCUAUCCUCUCGCCAAACUCAGCGUUGCAUCUCAAAGCCAUUUUGCAACAUCUGCCGUGCAGUCAACAGGAAGUUGAUCCCCUGGCUGUCAUGUCAUCACUGCGAAGUUUUGUAAACAGCGAAGAUACGGCUUUAGCGCGAAGCAUGUUGGCCGAUCUAGAGCCCGAAGUAUGGGAGGCAUUGGUAAAGGCGAGCGUCGCUGAGCGCGCACUAAUUAUUGCCAGGCUAUUUGGCGAUGAUGAAGCUAUUCGUUUUUGGACCAUGUUUGAGUCGUUGGUUGAUCCGGUUAGAAGAAGUCUUCCACCGUCCUUUGAUCUUCUUCUACCGCAAAAGGAGUACCGUCGAACACAGCUAUACCGGGCGAUGCUGCACGAGAGUAAACGAGGAAGCAAUUACCAGCUCACACAAUGUUGCCUUGACGAAUUUCUUCUUCUGGGCGAUACUGAUCGAGCUGUGCAGUUGCUGCUUGAAACGGAGCCGCCGAACCCACACUUCACCCAUGAUGCGCUGAGAGCUUGCUUAAUCGCUUGUCUCAAAACAGAGAACGCGUCACAGUCUUCGGUGGUGAAGCUCGUGGCGACCAACCUGAUCGCGUCCGGAGACACUCAGCUAGGUGUACAACUUCUUUGUGUAAUCAACAAAGCCCUUGACGCUUGUAGAUACCUACAAAGUAACGCACAGUGGGAUAAGAGCGUAUGGCUCGCCAAGUGUUCACUAUCACGCGUCGAGCAGUGUGACGUCGUGUGCAAAUGGGCAGAGCAUCUAUCGCUAGUGGCGACUAAUCAGCGCACGAAGGCUGCGGUAGCAUUACUUUCAGUUGCGGAGGUGGGCCGCUGUAUUCAGCUCCUGGCAGCAAAUCAAAUGCUAGAAAGAGCCAUGUUGCUGGCUGAUGCAGCCGAGGAAGCCGGACUUCAGAUUGAGUGGGACAAAAUAAAGGAGGAAUACCGCCCAGCCGCUCUUCGACUGAAGUACGCCCGAUACCUACACGCAAUAGGAAACUCUGAGGCGGCGCUAUCCUUCUGCAUGAAGGCUCUCGACAUGCCCGAAGCUGAGGAUCUUAAGAAAGAGAUUGAAAUUAUUCUCGAAGAUAGCACAUCACUGAUAGCACAUCAUCGUCACCUUCAGUUAACGCGACAACGUGCGUCUUUACGUCGAACUCCACACUCACAAUUAGCACUUAUUAAUGAUUAAUACACACUUUAAGCGGCGUGACGCAACGGCCAAAUAGAGGGGCCGCUAGUGAGCACAGGAUUGCAAUAAAUACAUUUUAAUGUGUUCGUUGCCCUAUGUCAUAUGCAUAUACACUUAGCACAAAACUAUUAGUAGCGUUAUGGCAUGAAAUAAGAAAAGGGAGAUGAGCCGUCACCGUUGGUCCUUUUAGUUAUGUCACCGAAGGAUGGAGAGGACAAGACAAAAAUAUAACAUCUGGAUCUAAGCGAAAGAAAAGGACGUCCUAAGAACUGAUGGAUUAAAUUCAUUGAGAGUACUUAAUAAUAUUGAAAGAUGAUUGGAAGCCCAGAUUCGUGGCACGUACUGAAUUAUUGAAUAAUUAUGUUAUAGACUAGUGAAUAUUGCUAGCAGAAUAGACUUGUGUACAGGUUUGAAACAAGAAGAUAUAUUUUCGUGGAGUCUAGGAAUGGCACUAGCCCCGUCCGCCGUGCGGGCAGGUUACUUGGCGCCGAUGGGAAAAUGCGUCGUAUAAAUGUGUUUAGAGAUGAAAUAAUAUCACUAUAUAUCAUAAAUGCGAGAAAAAAUGGGUAAAACUGUUCAAUCAACAUAGAGUGGCAAUACUGCACUUAGGUGUCUAUCUAUUGAAUGAUAUAAUUUAAUAGGUUUAGUAAAAUACCCGAAGAGCCCGUUAGUGAAGCGAGUGUAACCCACUUCACUGGCGCUUCGUAGCGAUAGCUUUAGUUUUGUUUUAUUGUAUUUUUAUCACAUUAUUCAGGGAUACGAACGAAGCACGUGACGCAAAGCUAAACCUUCUAUUUUGACCCUUUUCUAGCUUUUGGGCCUUCUUCAGAUAUUCGUUCGAAAUGUUUUUUUGGUAUAUUGCAACUGAGGCAAAUGAGGUCGGAAAUUUCUGUUAGCAUUUAAAUAGUAAAUCGGUUAUGAAGAUUAUAGUUUUUUAGUAUGUGAUACUUGGUUUAUA